UCUGUCUUCGCGCUCGGUUCAGCUGUAGGAAUAAACGGUAAACGGAAUCGCGUUCAAGCAAAGUCCCCGAGAUCGAUCCCCAUUCGUUCUUCUCCGACUCGAAUAAUAAUAAAAUAAUCACUAGAAAAGGAAUCCUCAUUCGCUUAAACCAUAAGAAUAACGUGUUAAAGAAAAUUAAACAAAUUGUGCAAUAAGUAAAUGAAAUCAGAGAACAAUCAACGAAAUAAAAGAAUCUCUCAAGAGUAAACAGUUUUCAUUUCAAAAGAAUAAACAAAUCUACAGAGCAACAUUCUCUCUCACUUGUUUGCUCUCUCUCUUUCACCUACACCCCCACAAACUCACUCACACACACAUACACAAACACAGCAACAUAAUGAGUGUUUGUGAGAGCAAAGCCGUUGUGCAACAGCAACUGCAACAGCAAUUGCAGCAACAAGCAGCCGCUGCCGCCGCCGUAGCAGCCGCUGCCGUCGCACAGCAACAACAACAACAGCAGCAGCAGCAACAACAGCAGCAGCAGCAGCAACAGCAGCCCCCGCAAGUGGUGGUGCCCCAUCUGACGCCCCAACAACAGCAACAGAGCACACAGAGCAUUGCCGACUAUUUGGCCCAAUUGCUGAAGGAUCGCAAGCAGUUGGCGGCAUUCCCGAAUGUCUUUACGCAUGUGGAGCGACUUUUGGAUGAAGAAAUUGCACGCGUGCGCGCCUCACUCUUCCAGAUCAAUGGGGUCAAGAAGGAGCCACUGACACUGCCCGAGCCCGAGGGCGCUGUCGUGACGAUGAACGAGAAGGUUUAUGUGCCAGUUCGUGAACAUCCAGAUUUCAACUUUGUCGGUCGCAUUCUGGGACCACGCGGCAUGACAGCCAAACAAUUGGAGCAGGAGACUGGCUGCAAGAUCAUGGUCCGAGGCAAGGGCUCCAUGCGCGACAAGAAGAAGGAGGAUGCCAAUCGUGGCAAGCCCAAUUGGGAGCAUUUGUCCGAUGAUCUGCAUGUCCUGAUCACCGUCGAGGACACCGAGAAUCGUGCCAAGGUCAAGCUGGCUCAGGCUGUGGGCGAAGUACAAAAAUUGCUAGUGCCGCAAGCCGAAGGCGAAGACGAGCUCAAGAAACGUCAACUAAUGGAAUUGGCCAUAAUAAAUGGCACCUAUAGGGACACAACAGCGAAAUCUGUCGCAGCUUUCUCAUGCGUUGGCUCUCCCUCUGCUUCUGUUCUGUAUCCCGCAGUGUGCGAAGAGGAAUGGCGUCGUCUGAUGGCUGGAUCCGACAAUCGCCUGCUAACACCCGCCGGCCUGCCCGCUGGAUUGGCCGCACAGAUACGUGCCCCAUCAUCGGCGCCGCUGGGCGCACCAUUGAUACUGAACCCAAGGAUGUCCGUGCCCACAUCGGCGGCCAGCAUAUUGUCCCAGGCGCCGUCGGGUGCCUUCGAUCAGAGUGGACAUCAAAUGAUCUUUGCCCCAUAUGCGGACUAUGCGAAUUAUGCGGCACUCGCUGGCAAUCCUCUGCUCGCGGAAUAUGCUGAUCAUAGCGUAGGCGCCAUUAAGCAGCAGCGUCGUUUGGCGGCUAACAGAGAGCACCCCUAUCAGCGCGCAACGGUCGGUGUGCCAGCCAAGCCGGCGGGUUUCAUUGAGAUACAGUAAACACCGCAAGCCAACAAAACCAACAGAAAACAAAAACAACAAAAAACUACAGAAUUUCGUUUCGUUUUUGGCGAAACUUUAACCACAAAAUUAAUCAAAAAAUCAUAAAUAUAAAACAAAGUUAAAAAAAAUAAUCGAAAGUCGUAACAAAAGAUAUUCGAAUUUGAUGGUUGCUUGGGCCCUGAUUGUGUUUUUACCCCAACAACCAUUCAAUGUAGAACAAUUAUUAUAAACAUUUUGCUGUCAUUUAUAACCACACACAUCGACGUACCAAUGAAACACCGCCGAAGCUGUUGGCCAGGCCCAGGCCCAGGCCGCCGCCGCUUUGCCCUGAUCGGUCGUCACUCGUAUCCAAAAACAAAAAAAGCAAUUGCCAAGUGGCAAAAGUGCAAGUGGCACCGCCUCCACAGGUUAGUUGUGUUUUCCACUCAUUUACUUUCUUUACUGUUACUUUCUCUAUAUAUGUUAUCCUUUUUUUACGCGUGGAAAUAAAAUGCAAAUGGGUUCUGUUCCCGCUUGCAUUUUGUUUUCGUAAAAUUUUUGCGAGUUUUGAGAUGAUGCUGCUGAAAACGAAAAGUUGUUUAUUUUUCUUAGAUAUGAAUAUUUUUACACACACACACACACAUACACGCAAUCUUUUUAUAUUGUAAUUUUUUUUCCUUUGUUUCCACGUUGACUUGUGCCUUUGAUGUUUUAGAAAAGAAAAAGAAAAGAACAAAAAAAAAAAAAUCAAAAAGAGAAAAUUGUAGUAGACUUUUCCCUUGUAUUACUCUCGAAUAAGCCAUAUACCAUAUACAUAAAUAUACUCUUUAUGAGAUAUGAGAAUUUUACAUGUGUAUCCUAGGCCAUAAGUCCCCCCUGUUUAGUCUGUAAUGAUUCUACGAUUAUUUUGUAUUAUGCGUUCGAAUGUAAAUGAUGUUGCAAUUGAACCGAAAACCCCCCGAGAAAGUGUACCACAAUAAAGAUCAAUGAUUUUUGUUGCAAUGCAAAACAAACAGAAAAUCUUAAAAAAAAAAAGAAGCGAACACAACAAAAACAAAACAAAAUCCAUACCAAGUCUUAUGAUUCUUUACUUGAAUUCUUUCAGAAAUUCUCCACGGAGAACAGAGUUCUCCACUCUCUC